GUUGGUGCAUCUGGCGGCAUCCCUUUCACAAUGGACGAUUUGGACCACAGUGUGUACAUGGCAGAGCAAGACUGGGACUCCUUUUUCCAGGAGAGCGAGGAGUGCAACCUUCAGCAGGGAGCGCUAGCGGGCCUGGACGACUCGGGACUGAGUGACUUUGACGAAGCAGAAUUUUGCCUCUCAAGCCAGGAGGUGCAGGCCAGCCUGGAGUCGGGCCCCUUGGGGACUCACAGGUCUAUUGACAGCCCCUCGGACUUGGAAGGACUGCCUGUUAAACCUCCUGAGAGCACCAAAGACCUUCAUGGUCCUGAGGAUGUUCUAGCUGCUGGAGAGAGUGAAGAGACUGUAAAUGUGUUCUCUGAAAGAACUGUGAUCUCUGGGGAGGACGAGGAUCCUGCAAAACUCAGCUGUGGUGAGCAGGCAAGUGCAGAUUUAAGCAAAGACUGCAGCCUGGAUAAACCCCAGGAAGCUACAGAACCAGCUGGUGCGUGCUGUGCUGCAUGUGGUGUAGACGUUUACCAAGAGACAGCCUGGGACUGUGUGGAUGCAACUGGCAGCACGAGCAGAGAGCCUGCGAUUCAAAUGAAUGCAACUGCAGCUAUCAAUCUGUUUACAGAAUUAGUUCCUCAAGGGGAGAUAGCAGUUCACGCCUCAAAUUGCGGUGAUGUUAGAUCUGCAUUAUCAAACCUCCAAGCUAGUAAUGAGUGUGGACAUUACAGAGGCCUCUCUGCAGGGGAAUUCUUCUCUGUGCUGAAAGGAUCACCAGAGGAAAUGAACAUGGAAAUAGAAGAGUCAGAGGCAGGCCAGUCAUCUUUGGCAACUCCUUCUAUCUCAUUCUCUGACCCUCAGAAGGAUUCACCAAUGAACACAGAAGCACAGUCUGAUGCUAAUAUCUCAGCGAGAGCUGGCCACCUCAGUGACCGUGAGAAGCCUCAUAGGAAGGAAAAGGAACGCUGGUUUGUGACCGUUAACGUGGGCCAGACCCACUCCAGAGAAAGUCCCGGGCCACCGGCAAAAAAAAAAAAAAGAAAAAAAAGUUGCAGUGAAGAUGGGCCUGAACUGGGCAUUGGGUCCGAGGGGCAGGACCCAGACAUUGAGUGUAAUUCAGGAGCAGAGAGACUUGGAGUUUCUGAGCCACAGAGUCAGGAAAUAGACAAUACCCCUGAUGACUCCAUAUCUGAUGCAGAGGGGUCUAGCUCAAAUGAAUCUGUCACGUCAACCAGAACCCAACACCACAUAUUAAAAAAUCACAAUGCACUGGUUCUUUCAAAGGAACCAUUGCCUGUAUUUCAGACUGUCUGUGAGUUUGAGGGACACAAAGUAAACUGUCAAAACUCCCAGCAUGUAAAUAAUCACCAAGAACAACAAAAAGUGUCAGUUGGAAGCAGUUUGCAAAUGAAUGCUGCCCUUGAGCGCAAAUUAGCAUUAGAACAGAAUGAUAGUACACCCAAGAGUUCUCAGCCAGUCUGCCCUAUGAUGUCUGGCUGGACAGAGCCAUCAAAACCUAUUACUGUUGUAACCCCUAACCCUCUGAAUCACCAGAACCUUCUGGUGAAGCUGCUUUUUUCCACUCAAAGUGACACCGGUUGGGAAAUGUUAGUCUUCUGCAAGAAUUCUGACCAAGAGGAUCUUCCAUUCUCCCGAGAAGAGACAGCUUCACAGGAUGAUGCAGAAGCUGAAAACCAGUGUAAAAACUGUCCCACACACUCACAGACCGAUAGCACACCCAAAAGGUGCUCAGAAGAAGGCCUAAUCUCCUCAGAGACACCCAUCUCCACAGAAUCGCCAGAAAUUUCAAACAGUUGUGUCUUUGACACCAUUCCUGGUUCCUACUCAUUGCACAGAUGUUUGAGUGCAGAUCAGCAAGUUGACUUGGAAUCUAAAAAGUUUCUUUCAGUGGUGCCGCAAAUUACAGAUGUGUCAGAACCUAGCGCACCAUUCGUUUCUGAAAUCAACAAUGGUUCUGGUGAAUUCGACCAGUCAAAAGAUUUCGUAACCCCAGAUAAAGUCCACAACAGUCCAAGAAUUCAAAAGGACCACACUUGUCCAGAUCAAGAAGAAGUGAAAAAAUCAAACAACAAACUAAUGUGCUCAGAAGAGACAAGCGUCCCGUGUUUAUAUACCGAUGAAAGAGGUCAUACAUCAGCAAAAUAUGUAAUUCAUGAAAGAGACUCCACUCUCUCUGCUACUGCUAAUGCUCAGCCCCUAACAGUAACCAAAGUGAAUUCAUGCUUCCUAACUGCAGAUCAGCAAAGCAUAGAAAAAAAGCCCCGUUUAGAAGCUGCCAUAUUGCACCCCGUAGACACAACAGUUUCAGAUGAACGCGCAGUCGACCUAAGCCCAAUUGAAAGCUCAGUCAUGAUGCUUAGGAACUCCAUCUCCCACAAUCCCGAGAGGAAUGAGAAUAAUCUCACAGGAGACGAUCUGUGCCUAAGGAGCGCGAACGUAUUACAGGCCAACAGUGCAGAAAAUUUGUCCAAUCAAACGUUCCCAGAAUUCCUGCGGCCUCCAUUAGAUCUAGUCAAAGGUGAAGCGCAGGAGUUGGACAGUGAAGAAACAUUGGCGGAGGACUCGCCUACUGCAAGCCUCAGUGCUGUUGAGUCUCCUGACUGCAACAUUCAGAGUAUCAUGGAAGAUGAGUCCGUUCUCCCAAAAGAGCCAGGCACCUGCACAGAAGACCUGGUAAGCAGGGAGCUGGAUCCAGUCCUGGACUCCACACGCCCAGUUUAUGCCAUAUCCUCCUUUUGGGAUGAGAUGGAGAAGCUAACGAUAAAUGAUAUCUUGCACCUGAGGUUAGUGAGUAACGCCCGGCGCCCCAGUGACCUCCCCCGCGUGCAAGACGCGGCUGUGGCCGAUGCUUCAGAUGCUGCGGACUCGGGCUACUUUGCGCACCCCGAUGACUCUAAGCCUGACCGCUGGGCUGGGGACACCUCCCUUCUAUCAGAUUUCGAAGACGAGUUCCAGCAAACCCUGAGUGCCAGCGCAAACCCCAGCCCUGAACCCCAAGAUGGAAAAUCACCGGUGCUGUGGUCAACAGAGCCUUGUGGGGAGUGGUGGGAAAGUGAUGCCGCCUCCACGGGGUCUGGUAACGAAGCAGGGGGAUGCAUGGAGCGUCCCUCAGAGGACACCGUUUCCCAGCAUCUGUUCUCGGACGGGACCCAGAGCUUCAAGACUCUGUGUAAGGCUGCGACUGCGCAGAAUCUGCAGACUCUGGAGGAAGAGGAACAGUCUUCUAUGUCCUUGCCAGUGACUGGAGGGGCGGAUGAGAGCAGCAUGCUUUCCAGCCUUCAGCAGAGACCUGUGGAAACUUGCAGCUUGGCUCUACUGGAGUAUGGGAAUGAUGUGAUGAGCUCACCUCUGCCUCUUCUUUCUGGAAAGGCCUCACCAGAGACCUAUGUGAUGACUUUCCCUGAAAUAUCGAAGCAUUUCAUUGGUGAAGAUGAAACUGAGACCAGACUGUCAGCCAGAGCUAGCCCUACCUCUGCCCCGCCAUCUGAAACCAGUCUGUCAGGCAGAGAUAGCCCUACUGCCUACUCCCUAUGUGAAACCAGUCUGUCAGGCAGAGAUAGCCCUACUGCCUACUCCCUAUGUGAAACCAGUCUGUCAGGCAGAGAUAGCCCUACUGCCUACUCCCUAUGUGAAACCAGUCUGUCAGAUCGAUCUAGCCCUAUUGUUGUCUCCCUAUCUGAAACCACUCUGUCAGUUAGAGCUAGCCCUACUGCCUACUCCCUACUUGAAACCAGUAUGUCAGACAAUGCUAGCCCUAUUGUUAUCUCCCUACCUGAAACCAGUCUGUCAGGCAGAGCUAGCCCCACUGUCUACUCCCCAUCUGACAUCAGACUGUCAGGCAGAGCUAGCCCUACUGCCUACUCCCUAUGUGAAACCAGUCUGUCAGAUCGAUCUAGCCCUAUUGUUGUCUCCCUACCUGAAACCAGUCUGUCAGGCAGAGCUAGCCCUGCUGCCUACUCCCUAUAUGAAACCAGUUUGUCAGGCAGAGCUAGCCCAACUGCCUAUUCCCAAUGUGAAACCAGUCUGUCAGACAGAACUAGCUCUAUUGUCUACUCCCUAUGUGAAACCAGUUUGUCAGGCAGAGCUAGCCCUAUUGUUGUCUCCCUACCUGAAACCAGUCUGUCAGGCAGAGCUAGCCCUACUGUUUACUCCCUACCUGAAUCCAGUCUGUCAGGCAGAGCUAGCCCUAUUGUUGUCUCCCUACCUGAAUCCAGUCUGUCAGGCAGAGCUAGCCCUUUUGUUGUCUCCCUACCUGAAUCCAGUCUGUCAGGCAGAGCUAGCCCUAUUGUCUGCUCCCUAUCUGAGAUCAGACUGUCAGACAGAGAUAGCCCUAUUGUUUCACUCUGUGACAGGGCACCAAGUGCUCUCUCCUUACCUGAGACCUAUGAUUAUUUCUUCUCGGACUUUGAGGCAGGGAAUAUUUUCUUUCCUUCGAUCCGGAGUCUCAGCGCAGACACAGGCGUUCCCAUUUUUUCCUGCUCUCGCUCGGUAAAGCGGGAGUUCCGGUUCGCCAAGGAGUACGAUUAUGUCUUUCCUGAAGAGUCACCAGUUGAAUCCGAAGAUGAGGAUAGGCACUCACCAAUCCACGUGGUCACAUGCUUUGACGACCAGCCCCAUGAACCCCUGGAUGCCUUGGUGGGACCAGACGCGUAUGAACACUUUUUCAUAGACAAGGACUGGCGGGGGAGUCUCUUCGGGAGGAACCUGCUGUCCCUCCGAAGACUGAGGUUCACCGGAGGGUUGUACAGCUCUCGUGAUAGGUCCACCUCCUGGGCAUUUGCAGCCACAGGCUGGAGGGAAAGAUCAUCACUCUUCAGCACCACAGACCCAGGCAAUCCCAUGGAUGGUCGAGGCCGCAGCCAUUCUCAUCCUAACCUCUACCUGGAGAACCAGCUCUGUAACGAAUUCAGGGAGCAGAGAGACACGGGCAUGCAAGCGGUGGUCUCUUUCCCAAGAAAGGGCUUCCUCUUCACGCUCAGACAGUCUGAUAUAUGCUUGGUUUGCAUUGCCUUUGCCUCCUGGGUCCUGAAGUCUGCCAACCCACAGUCAGCAGACACUUGGAAAACAGCUCUCCUGGCGAACGUGAGUGCAAUCUCAGCUAUUCAGUACCUGCGGAGGUACAUGCGAGAGGACGCAUCAGAGAACAAGAGAUGAUGUCUCCAGGCUGUCCGGUUCAGUCCCGUCUUCCGCAAAGACUUUCCGGGGCAUUCUACUUGGGACCAGAGCUCGUGAGUGGUUUGGUGCCGAUUCACUGUGAUGUACUUCUCCUCCCGCAGUGGUGCAAGGUUAAGACAAUCUUACAAACUUAUGUUUAUUUUGAAACUGUUGUGCGUGUAGUGCCAUCAUUAUUUACUCUUCAUAUUGCUGCUUGAUAAUAUUUUCUUAUAAAGUAAUUAUUUUUAUAUAUAAAUUAGACUACAUUUUGUUGCAUUGUCCUUUCAUCAAUGCAGACAUUUGCCGAAGGAAAAGAUUUCUUCUCUGUCGAAAGCUUCUAAUUAAAAAACAGUUGUGGAAAGUACUGGAACAUGAUAGGCUAUGUCACGGGUCACAUGUGAACACCUGUUGUGCUCUGUCCAUAUGCUCUCCUGCCCUAUCCAAGUUCUCCCCAUCUGAGCUAAACAUUCGUUGGUAGGUUAUUGGUAGCAAUGAAUAUGAAAGAUGCUGCUGAUCAUGUCGUUGAUGCUUUUCUGUUUGUGUUAUUGCUGUUCAGUAACCAAUUCUGUAAACCAAGUUUUGUUGCCAAAAUACUGCAUGUAUUUAGUUUGAUAUUUUCAGAUGACAUGAACUUAGUGACACGAUUGUAUGGUUUUGUUUAGUUUUUUAUAUGGAGAGUGUAUGUGUUAAAACGAAUGUGAAUUUUCAGGUAGAAGUGAUUUGUCAAAGAGUCUCUGCAUCUUCAGGGUUCUGUGUUUUAUUAGAGUUUUAUGAGGCGCUAGGGUGUAGACAUGGCAGAUGUGCAAAACACUGAACAUGAAUUUAAUGAAAACCUACAUUUGAUAUCUGUUCCAAUGAAAUA